CCAACAACAACAAAGAAGAAGAAAGUGAAGAAGACCAACGAAGAGAUGAAGGCAGUGGCUGUUGUGCUUGUUGUUGCCGUUCUGGCACUUGGCGUGGCUUGCGAGGCCAAGAAGACGCCCAAGGUGACGCACCGCGUGUACUUUGACGUGGACAUUGAUGGCGAGGAUGCCGGCCGCAUUGUCAUGGAGCUGUACGGCAAGACCGUGCCCAAGACCGUUGAGAACUUCCGUGCCCUCUGCACCGGCGAGAAGGGCUUCGGCUACAAGGGCUCCUCCUUCCACCGCGUCAUCCCCGACUUUAUGAUCCAGGGUGGCGACUUUACCAACCACGACGGCACUGGCGGCAAGUCCAUCUACGGCAACCGCUUUGACGACGAGAACUUCAAGCUGAAGCACACUGGGCCCGGCAUCCUGUCCAUGGCCAACGCCGGCCCCAACACCAACGGCUCUCAGUUCUUCAUCACCACCGUCAAGACCUCGUGGCUCGACGGCCGCCACGUUGUGUUUGGCCGCGUGACGGACGAGUCGAUGGACAUUGUGCGCAAGGUCGAGGCCAAGGGCAGCCGCUCCGGCAAGACAAGCGCUAAGAUCACCAUCCGCGACUCUGGCGAGCUCAAGGACUAAGCACACACACGUGGACGCACAAGACACGUCACAGCAGCAGCACUUUCCGCUGCCAGCGUGUGAUUGCAUUGUCGUCCCAUAUCCAUGUCACCUGUUCCUGUUGUUGGUCCAAGCAACCCUUACGAAGCGUGUUUGUUCCCUCACUCUGUGCUUGUUCACUUGUCUCCCCACCACCAUUCUCUCCAAUACACAACCGAUACAACACCUAUUGCAAACAAAUCCAACACCCACACGCACACCCACGCAUACGCAAAGCCGCUGACAGCGACCCAAUGGCGGUGUGCAUUGUUUCGUGUCAAGAUAACGCGUCUCGCCGGCAGCGGCGAACAAAACAACAGCAACAAACAACACAGGCAUCACGCGUGCACAGGCAGACAGGCAGCUCAAGGGCACGCGAGCAGAGGGGGGG